GUCUUUACCAGCUGAGCUCUGACAGCCUGGACCCAGAUCCCUGCUUUAUUACAGGAUCUGAUGUGUGAUCCACCAGAAACUGUUCUCUCGAAACAUUUCACACUAAUCACGCUGAUGUUUUUUUUAUUAUAAUUCACAGAUCUACUCCCCAUCUCUAAGCUACAGUAAAGCACCUCCUCCUCCACACCAGCUGGUUUUAUCCUCCUGAGCCCACUCAUCACGUCCUCCCUGCCCAACUCCAUGUGAACUCCUCGGCUCCUCUCCUCGCCUUCACUCCUCGUCUCCCUCCCUCCUCGGCUCCUCGGAGUGGCGACGCCGCGGCUGCCUGCGUCAGCCGGCCAGUGGAAGCUGCUGCUGGAGGCUGUCGGAUGCUGCAGGGAGCCAGCAGGUGAUGUGUGUGCAUGUGUGUGUGUGUGUGUGUGUGUGUGUUUGUGUGGACGAGUGUGAGCGUACGCAGAUGGGAGAGCAAGCGAGUCAGGGGAAAGGCUGCCUCUCAUCCCUCCUCUCCUCCUCCUCUGCCAUGGAGCUCCUGCAGGCUGAAUCAGGACCAAAUCUGCACAAAGGACUGAGGUAGAGGCACGCUUGUGUGCCGGUGCUUUGGCCAGUAUGAAGAGUGUGUGUCUCAGAGUGUGGACAUCAGGCUCAGCUGUUGUGUUUCUCAACACACUGGCCUUGUCCUGGACAGGUAAAAUUGAGCCAGCUCCAAAAAUCGACGGGCGACACCAGGCAGCUGUGACGCUCCAGGAGAACAUGACACACAGAUUCAACUGCCAGUCAGACGGCUGGGACCCCCGGGCCCCCCCUCUGCUGACCUGGUACUUGAAUGGAGAGCAGCAGAAGGAGCCGCCCCAGAACCGGGGCCGUCGGGUGCUGAAGCGGCGCAAAGGUUCCGAGAUCUCGAGACCUGGGACCCAUCACAACAGCACCUUCUCCUUGCAAGCCAGAAAGUGGGACAGGGAGCUGGUGUGUGUCACAUCAAACCCCAGCACAGGAAAAAGUUACAACGCCACGGUCACGCUCAAUGUCCAGUUCCGGCCAGAGAUCCUCAGGAUAAAUGCCCACUACAGUGAAACCUCAGACCCCGGCCUCUCCCUGGUCCUGUUCGCCUUGGUGCGGUCCAACCCCCCCGCCACCAUCACCUUUGUCGACCAGUCGGGCCAGCCGGUGGCUAACACCUCAGACUUCCUCAUCAUGGACUCACGGAGCUACCCCUGGCUGACCAAUCACACGCUGAGGGUCACGCUGAGUAGUUCAUCAGGGAACAUCACACUGAACGCCAGCAACAGUGUGGGAGCGGUGCAGAGCAACCUCUCUCUGGCUGAGUUCCUGCAGUCUCGUGUGGAGGUUCCCAUGUUUGGAAUCGUCACAGGAGGAGCCAUGGCCUUCAUGGCCCUCCUCAUCCUCAGCCUGAUCGUCCUCUGCCUUAUGCACAAAAACAAGAGCAAGUCCAUCGACGAGCCAGUGGAGAUUCUGAUGACUACAAAAAGUGAGUCAGCGAACCUGAAGACUGACAAAACAGAUAAGAUCCACAUCCGCCGAGAGAACAUGUCUCUGCCUUCCAACAUUCAGCUCUACGACCUCAGCACCCUGAGGCGAUCUCGAGGAGCUGCCCAGAGGAACAGAGUGGGAGAGGAGAAAAAAGGAGAUGAGGACGAGGAAGAUCUGUCUUUAAUCUACGCAGCGAGAGGUUUUGCCAGAUACCCGAUGGUGGGCUACAUCUAUAAAGUGAACAGCACAAGCAGUGAGGAGAUCUGGCUCUGACGGACCUCAGAGGAACACAUCUACUGUAUGUGCAUGAUUCAUUGUUAAUGCAGCUGUCUCAAAGGAAAAACACAAACAACUGCCACAAACAUUUAGCCAGUAACCAUCACCUUCAAGCUGGAGUCUCAGAAAACGUCUUACUUUUAAAGCUUGGACAUUGUUUUAUUAUCUACAGGAAAAAUACAAAAAAACAAAAAACCUGUUUGCACUGCUGACAUGCCUCAACCAUUUAAAGUCUGUCGAAUCAUUUUCUGUCCCCAUGUCCUGUUUCUUAUAAAUGCAUUUAUUGUUCGAUGCUAACAGCAGAAUGUCCCAUGUUGCUCUGGAAUAAAGUGAAGCAUAAAUAUAAACUGUAUUAUUGUUUAUGGACAUGCAACAUGUCUUGUACUGUAUAUUUGUAUGCAUAUGUAUAUGUGUAUAAAAGAGGAGUCUAAUAAAGAGGAUGAUGAGAUUGUAUGCAAAAAAAAAAAAAAAAAGCUAAACAUGCAUUCUGUUGCUCACCAGGGGGCGCUCUACAGUGGCUUUUUAACCUGGUGAACAUGGAUCAUGUGAGUUAUGAGUUAAAUUAAAAACGUUAGUGAGUGGGGAGGGGAAUGGCUUUCUUGAUUAAAAGCAGGUGCAGGA